GAGGUUCCACUACACAUAGUAACCUUGAAAGCCUCUGAAUAAGACCGAGUCACCUUUCUCUUGAAGGAAACCUAGCGACCGUAUCAGAAAAGAAGCCUUACCUUACUCACAUUGUCUGCUGAUUUCAUUCGUCUGCGCCGCGUGUGCUUGAUUCCUCUCGCAAGCAACCUUCUUCCAUCACACCAAAUCUCUCUGCGCUCACAUCGUUGUAGCAAUCAUGGCUGAUGAAAAUAAUGAGAUGAAGGAAGUGAAGGACGAGCAAGAACUCGCACCCUUUGAUCCAACUAAGAAGAAGAAGAAGAAGAAAGUUGUCAUUCAAGAUCCUAUCGAGGACUCUACAGAGUCACAGCCAGAGAAAUCUGAUUCACUGCCUGCUAAUGAUGGUCUUGAGAGUUCAUUUGCUGGACUGAAGAAAAAGAAGAAGAAGCCUGUUGAAAUUUCAAGCUCAUUGAAUGAAGAAAGUCUCGAUGCUGCAGAAGAUUUGGAUGAGCAUACUAAUGACGAGGAAGAUGCUGAGGGAAUAGAUCUGCAGCAGCAGCAACGUUACCCCUGGGAGGGAAGUGAUAGAGAUUACAUUUAUGACGAGCUUCUUGGUAGAGUCUUCAACAUUCUCCGUGAAAACAAUCCGGAGCUUGCUGGAGAUAGGCGUCGUACAGUUAUGAGGCCUCCUCAAGUUCUUCGUGAGGGAACAAAGAAGACUGUGUUUGUCAACUUCAUGGACCUUUGCAAGACGAUGCAUCGUCAACCGGAUCAUGUGAUGAAUUUCCUGCUUGCUGAGUUGGGUACCAGUGGUUCCCUUGAUGGGCAGCAAAGGUUGGUUGUCAAGGGGAGAUUUGCACCCAAGAAUUUUGAAGGGAUAUUGCGGCGCUAUGUCACUGAGUACGUCAUUUGCCUUGGUUGCAAGAGCCCGGACACAAUUCUCUCAAAGGAGAAUCGUCUCUUCUUUCUCAGAUGCGAAAAGGUAUACAGUUUUUAUUUAUUUAUUUAUUUAGUCCUUAUGCAUGUCUUUUGUUUGCUUUCUGCGCAACUAAGUAAUCAAAUCUCUUCUUGGGGAAAUGAAAAAGCUUAAAUGUGUGAUUGGUAAUGAUGUUGAUAUAGUUGCCUUCUAUGCCUGAUCAACUUAUCAUGUUUAGAUAUGCUCAACUUUCUGUAUUUUCUAUUUGCAAAUGUGAAGAAGUAUACUUGGUUUUUGCAGUGUGGAUCUGGACGAUCUGUGGCGCAGAUUAAAGCUGGUUUUGUGGCUCGUGUUGGUCGCAGGAAGACCUGAGAAAUUGGUGGGUGAAGUGAAAACUAAAAGAGCUUGUUUGUUAUGGAGUUGAGAAACUUGUCUUGUUUUUUCGUUUUGUUUUAGAAUAUGAGGCAUAAUCUACUUUGAUCUCCAUAUUAUGACUUGAAAAAAUCAAAUAUGGGUUAGGUUUUGAACAUUCAACUUUGUUAGAUCCAUGUGGCUCACUUAAAGGUCGAAUCAGUAAAUCCGUGGAGUUUUUCAGUCAA